CACACGUCGCGUUCACCGAGAGGACGCAGACUCGUUCAUGCUGCACCAGCAAGUCCAGUGGCUGCGCAGCAUCCACGCCUCCAGCCGCCUCCUCUAAUCGACGCCAUUUCGCCUGGCCGAGCACAAACGUCUCCAUGGUGAGAAUCCGGGUCGUGGAGGGUUCAUGCUGGCCUUGCAAGAAGCGCCGCACGAAAUGCGACCUCACCAAGCCUGUCUGUCUACGCUGCGCAAAGUCGGGCGCGAACUGCGACUACAACGCUCAACUGAUCCGAUGGAGCACGCGCCCACCAGUUCGCGCCGCGCCAGGCUUGCAUCAGGGUCUACCGGGGCUGGGUAACAACGGCCUUGAAUGGAGCGAGAAGAGAGCGCUCGACUACUUUCACUGUCGCGUCUGGCCGCUGCUCCAGACAUCCGAGGAGAUCUGCCCCCCGCCUCUCCCCGUCGCUCUCGAACAUCGCGUCGUGCUUCUCGCUGCAUGCGUGCUCUCCGAGUCGCAUCGCAUUCUGCAGAACGGCACUGAUCGGGGCUCCACUUUCAACGUCCGACGACUCGAGUGCCUCGCAGCUAUCAAAUCAGAGAUUGACCAUUGCUGCAGCGAAGGAAGGGGACUCUCAGGUUCCUUGCUUGUGUUGCUCUUCGCUGUGUUACUACUGCACCUGCACGACGGAUUCCUGGAACCUAAUGGGGCCGAUGCGUCGACUGCUAGUCAUCGCCAGGGCGUUACAGCCAUCCUCGCCCAACUCGGUGGCUUUGUCAGUGUUCUACGGUCUGGUCCAGAGCCCAUGCAAAUGUUGCUAGCCGAGUUUGCGUCAGCAGACUUGACGACCGCAAUGCUGCAAGGUACUGCGCCGUCUUAUGCCCCUGAUAUAUGGCAGGCCGUGGACGAAGGCGCCGUGUGGUGGGGACGUGAUCCCCUCGGGCGAGGGUCGCUCGCCACGGUCCUGCGAGAGAUGAGUGCCAUGGCAUUCUACCACGAGUCAAUAGCCCGGGGCGUCGUGGAAUUGUCCAUGGACGAGGUUCGUAACUUUGAAGUGGCAUUUGCGUGGGAGAACAUGCCACGCUCGCCCCAAACCCUCGUGGACGGGGAGGCUAGUCCGCGGGACAAGGCCCACGAUGCUCCUGAUGCCGUCCACGCCAUUGCGUUGAUUCGGUCAUUUCAGUGCGCGGCACUCAUCUUCCUCUAUCGUGCGGUGUGCGGCCUACCGACCCACCACCAUCUUGUGCAGACGAGCGUGCAGUCCUGUUUGGCGUGCAUUUCUGAGAUAUCCAAGCCUUCCAAGGCGCUGCAUUGUAUUCUGUUCCCGCUGUUUGUGGCGGGCGCGCACGCGUUGUCGAGUCAGCAGCGGGCCGAGGUCGUGGAGUUGCUGGAAGUUAUCCGCGAUAAGAUGCGCUUUGCCUCCAUCAAGGCCAUGACGGACUGUGUGAAUGCCGUGUGGGCGCAGCAGCCGACCGAGAUGACCUGGACGGCCAUGUUUUCUCAUUUAGGGGGGCAGGUGCUUAUCCUGUAAAUUCUGUAUCUAAUACAUGAACAUUCUCAAUACGUACAUGGCAACAAAACAGCGUGAGAAAUUCCCAAUGCCAAGACUCUCCAUUUACAGUCUGUGAACAACAAUCACUUGCCUCUCGAGCCCAUGCGGGGAAUCCUCGUGAUCAUCAGCCUGCAUCCGACUCAGGACUCCAAGAAGGAGGGGACGCGUCUUGGGGAGGAUGGCUAUUUUACCCCUUUGGGGAAGAUUCGAGUCCAACGCCACGGGCGUGUCCUUAUGCUCAUCCACCUGGCGAGCCCGGACC